AUGGUUCGAAUUCCCUACGUCAACAAGUUUGAGAGUCAAACCAAUCUUCCUUUCUGGGUCUCCUACAUCAUUCUUUGCUCCAACGUCGAAACCGGCAUUGGGUGUUUUGCAUCAUCAAUUCCUUCGCUGCGUCAUGUCUUCCGAAAGGAGAGCAAUGGCAGCUCCGACCCCAGUAGUAGGCGCCACAUAUCGGCUGGUAGUAAACUCAUGACUCCAGGUGCCAGUUCCCGCCGACCCAAAAUCUGCGAUAGUUUCCGCAAUCCUACCGAUAUCGGAUUCAGCUUAUCAGCUGUACAUCAUGGACGCGCAGAAGAUACAUGGGAGCGUCUGCAAGACGGAGCGUCAGACAAGAGUGAUACUCCAAUAAACCACAAGGGUAUCUACGCUGAGCGCACCUACGCAGUCGAUGUCGAGUCAGCUGAGGGGCAUAGACAAUUCUAG